GGUAUCGAACGACCAAACUGAGGGCGCAAUCCAAACAAACAGCCAACCUCAAGUUGAGAACUACUGAACCUUUUUUGCGGGUUAUGCCCACCAAUGAUUGAGACCAAUAAUCUUGCUGAACUGUGAACCCUUGCUAAACCUGGGAGCAAGACGAGCCGGCGGCGUAGCAAUGGCGGCGGUGAGCUGCGUUCGCCACCACCAUUGGUCGAGCAGGAGAUUGGGGUAAGUUGACCGCCGCUUCGAUCUGUUCAGAAACCCUCUUCGUUCCUCUGAAAGUUAUGCCCACCAGUGGCGGCGGCGCAGCGCGUCCUCUCGACCUCGGCCUCUCCCCGACCAAAUUGGCGGCGCUGGCCUACCUCUUCUUCCUCCUGCUCGGUGGGAGCUCUUUAUUUGCCUCGUCUGCCGCCACGGACACCAUCCUCCCCGGCGAGGGCAUCUCCGGGAACCAGACCCUCGUCUCCAAGAAUGGCGGCUUCGAGCUGGGCUUCUUCUCCCCGGGCGAAGGCAUCCACUACUACCUAGGCGUCCGCCUGAGGAACAUGUUCGGCAACAGCCCCACCUUCUGGCUCGGGGACAGGGUCGGGGUCGUCGUCACCGAUCUGCCGGCCACGUCGCUGGAGAUGUUCGGCGGCAGCCUGUACAUCAAGCAGAGCGGAGCCAGCCUCUGGUGGUCGCCCGCCGGCAAUGGGUCUUCCGCCGCCGUCGCGGUCCUCCUCGACAACGGCAACCUGGUGGUCAGGGACCAGGGCAACUCCUCCAUGGUGCUGUGGCAGAGCUUCGAUUGCCCCGGGGACGCGAUGCUCCCCGGAGCGAGGCUCGGGCUCGACAGGGACACCGGGAAGAACGUCUCGCUGACAUUCAAAGGUUUCUCACACAACGGCACCCUCAGCGUCGACGCGAGACGGAGGAACGGGUUCGUGCUCACCACCGACGGGCACGACGACCGCGGCACCUUCCCGGACUGGAUGGUGUCCUCUCAGGACAAUGGCAGUUCGCUGCUGCUGAACCACCCGGAGAGCCCGAAUCGCCCCGAGUUCUUGCAGUUCCAUCUGGGGCAAGUCAGCCUGAUGCGGUGGUCGGACUCGGAUCCCGCCGCAAACAGCAGCACUGCCGCCGGCUGGGUCGCGCGCUGGACCUUCCCCUCCGAUUGCAAAUCCAGCGGCUUCUUCUGUGGCGAUUUCGGCGCCUGUUCCAUCGCCGGGAAGUGCGGCUGCGUCGACGGAUUCGCGCCGUCGUACCCGAUCGAGUGGGGACUUGGGUACUUCGUCACCGGCUGCUCGAGGUCUCUCCCACUGAGCUGCGAGUCCGACGGCCAGACGGAGCACGACGACUCCUUCGCCCCGUUGGACAAGCUGCAAGGGCUACCUUACAACGCCCAGGACGAGGUGGCCCGAAGCGACGAAGACUGCAGAACAGCUUGCCGGAGCAAAUGCUACUGCGUUGCUUACUCCUACGACCAUGGGUGCAGGCUCUGGUACUACAACCUGUACAAUUUGAGCUUGGCUGCUAGGCCCCCAUACAGCAAGAUCUACCUACGUUUGGGCUCCAAGCUCAGGAACAAGAAGGGCUUACAAACAAGAAGAAUCGCACUAUUGGUUGCUGGACUCAUAGGCAUUGCUUCUUUGGUACUGAUACUGCUGCUGCUAUGGAGAUUCAGGAGGAAUUCAUUUGCCUCCAAGAAGUUUGAGGUAGAAGGCCCUCUUGUGGUCUACUCUUAUGCACAGAUCAAAAAUGCCACGGGGAAUUUCUCCGAUAAGAUCGGCGAGGGGGGAUUCGGAAGUGUUUUCCGGGGAACAAUGCCAGGAUCAGCUGUCAUCGCUGUGAAGAACCUCAAAGUCCUCGGGCAAGCAGAGAAGCAAUUCAGAACAGAAGUUCAGACACUUGGAGUGAUCCAACACAGUAAUCUUGUCCGUCUCUUGGGAUUUUGCGUCAAAGCAAACAAAAGGCUGCUGGUCUAUGAGUACAUGCCAAAUGGCUCUUUGGAAGUUCAUCUGUUUAAAAAGAAGUCUAGUCUGUUGACUUGGAAUGCUCGGUAUCAAAUUGCGCUGGGCAUUGCCAAGGGUCUCGCCUAUCUUCACGAAGAAUGUGAGGACUGCAUCAUACAUUGCGAUAUCAAACCCGAAAACAUACUGCUUGAUGCGGAACUCUGUCCCAAGAUUGCCGAUUUCGGCAUGGCCAAGCUCCUUGGACGAGAAUUUAACUCGGCACUGACCACUGUCCGAGGAACCAUGGGCUAUCUUGCACCAGAGUGGAUAUCCGGGCUGCCGAUCACUAAGAAGGCGGAUGUGUACAGCUUCGGCAUUGUGCUCUUUGAGAUAAUCUCGGGGAGAAGGAGCACUGAGAGGAUGAAAUUUGGGAACCAUCGGUAUUUUCCACUCUACGCGGCUGCUCAGGUGAACGAAGGGGAGGUUCUUUGCCUGCUGGAUGGUAGGCUGGAAGGAGAGGCUAAUCUGAAGGAGCUGGAUGUCACCUGUAGGGUCGCCUGCUGGUGCAUCCAGGACGAGGAGAACGAUAGGCCAUCGAUGGGGCAAGUUGUUCGCAUGUUGGAAGGUGUCAUCAGCACUGAGAUGCCUCCAAUUCCAGCUUCAAUUCAGAACCUAAUAGAGGGUGAUGACAGUGCUAUAUAUUCUGAUUUCUGAAGGAGGUUGACUCCGAUUCCAGCUUCAGUUCAGAAUCUUAUGGAGGGUGCUGAGCUAUAUAUUCUGAUUUGUGAAGGAGGUUGGUAGGCUACCCAACUUAAUGCUGAGCUGUGAUCUGAAUUUGUGAGAUUUGUGUCCCAUUGGAAACUACAAGCUCUCUCCUUGCAGACUGUAGCAGGGAUUCAGCGAAGUUGAAAAAAGAAGGAACAGUAGGUGGUGAAUCUUUAAAAUGAUGUUGUGCUGAAAAAGUUGGUAGAUGAAUGCAAGCGGAUCAACAUGGAUACCCCCGCUGACCUCAUCUGUGUUAACAUCACGCAUCUUUUCGAUACCUCUGAAGGCUCGGUAUGGUUAUUACCUGUGAACGGAAGGAACCUAAUACUAUAUAUGGUAUGGAUAAAUGGAUUUUAUGCA